GCCGAAUGAGGAGCGCUUGGCUCUCAGCGGGGAUACGGCUGUGGGUUCUGGACCUGAGGAGGUUUCGGGCUUGCUGGCCUUCCUCUUUCUGAAGACCCGAGGACGGCCACCAGGUCGGAGAGAUUUAAAACCUGAGGCUGAGUUCCUUCUUGUUUUCCAAGUUCGGCCUGCGGGAACCUUCGGAGAAGCGUGGAAGGAAGGGAAGGGCGGGCAGUUGGUGGUCAACCCCUUCCGCCUCUGUAUGGUCGCGGAGGAGUCCCACUCUGCCCUGCUGUCUGGAAGGUUCUCUCGGCUCUUCUGGGGCCGCAGUUCGGUUGGUUAGAAGUGGAAACUGAUGCAUUGGAGGUGGGAAAAGGCUCUUUCCCCUACCCGCUUCCCAAGGGCCCCGAAGAACUUGUAGAUUUAUCUAGUUUCUAGACACGUGUACUUGACUGUUCAGCGGAGAAGGGCUUAAAUAUUGGAGAAGAGAGCGAGAACAACUAGCAUUUUAAGGGAUUUGUGUGUAUUUCCAAAAGUGACUUUUGAUCAUCAUCCAACACCGGCAGCCUGGGAUUCGUGAGCGUCUCUCGCCAUCCUGCGGCUCCAACAUGUUCUCCUGUUGGUUAAGUCGGCUAUGCAGGGGUUUUUCCACACCCACCGGAAGGAUCGCCCACCUGAUCCGGGGUUCUCUCUCCAGAACGCUGGUGCUCGGUUCACAGAGGAGAACUCCAGAAUUCAGUAGCUUUGUUGCUCGGACCAACACGUGUGGAGAGUUGCGUUCUUCUCACUUAGGCCAAGAAGUCAUUUUGUGUGGAUGGAUUCAAUACCGAAGGCAAAACAUCUUCCUGGUCCUGAGAGAUUUCCAUGGGCUUGUUCAAGUUGUCAUUCCCCAGGAGGAGUCAGCUGCUUCUGUGAAGAAGAUUUUGUGUGAAGCCCCUGUGGAAUCUGUGGUGCAAGUGUCUGGGACAGUAAUUUCCCGACCUCCAGGACAAGAGAAUCCAGUCUUUUCUUCUCUCUUUAAGAAAAUGCCAACAGGUGAGAUCGAAAUCAAAGUUAAAACAGCUGAACUUCUGAAUUCCUGCAAGAAGCUGCCCUUUGAAAUUAAGGACUUUGUGAAGAAAACAGAGGCUCUUCGUUUGCAGUAUCGCUACUUAGACUUGCGUAGUUUCCAAAUGCAGUAUAACCUGCGACUGAGGUCCCAGAUGGUCAUGAAAAUGCGGGAGUAUCUCUGUAAUCUACACGGAUUUGUGGAUAUAGAAACACCAACAUUGUUUAAGAGGACUCCUGGGGGUGCAAAAGAGUUUGUAAUACCAUCCAGGGAACCUGGAAAGUUUUAUUGUCUCCCUCAGAGUCCUCAACAGUUUAAACAGCUUCUGAUGGUUGGUGGUGUAGACAGAUAUUUUCAGGUUGCCCGAUGUUACCGAGAUGAAGGUUCAAGACCAGACCGACAGCCUGAGUUUACUCAGAUUGACAUAGAGAUGUCUUUUGUAGACCAGACCGGAAUCCGGAGCCUAAUUGAGGGCCUGCUCCAGUAUUCCUGGCCCAAUGACAAAGAUCCUCUAGUGGUUCCUUUUCCUUCUAUGACUUUUGUUGAGGCAUUGGCCAGCUAUGGAACGGAUAAACCUGACACUCGCUUUGGGAUGAAGAUCGUAGAUAUUAGUGAUAUGUUCAGAAACACAGAGGUUGGAUUUCUUCAAGAUGCACUUAGUAAACCCCAAGGAGCCGUCAAAGCCAUAUGUAUCUCUGAAGGAGCAAAAUACUUAAAAAGGAAGGACAUUGAAUCCAUUAGAAAAUUUGCAGCUGACCAUUUUAAUCAGGAAGUCUUACCUGUAUUCCCGAAAGCCGAUAGAAACUGGAAUACUCCAGUUGCUCAGUCCAUACUGGAGGAGCAAAGAUCAGGACUAAUCAGACUCAUGGAAAUCCAAGAGGCUGAUGUGGUCCUGCUAGCUGCCGGGGAGCACGAGAAAGCAUGCUCUGUGCUGGGAAAAUUACGACUGGAAUGUGCCGACCUUCUAGAAGCAAGAGGAUUGGUGCUCCGUGACCCAGCUCUGUUCUCUUUCCUUUGGGUUGUGGAUUUCCCACUCUUCCUUCCCAAGGAGGAAAAUCCCGGAGAGCUGGAGUCAGCCCACCACCCAUUCACUGCUCCCCACCCCAGUGACCUCCAGCUCCUAUACACUGAACCCAAGAAGGUCCGUAGCCAACACUAUGACUUGGUUUUAAAUGGCAGUGAGAUAGGCGGUGGUUCUAUCCGAAUUCAUGAUGCAGAGCUCCAGCGUUACAUUCUGGCAACAUUACUGAAGGAAGAUGUGAAAUUGCUGUCCCAUUUGCUCCAGGCCUUAGGUUUUGGGGCACCCCCUCAUGGAGGAAUUGCCUUAGGGUUAGACAGACUGAUAUGCCUUGUCACUGGAGCACCAAGCAUCAGAGAUGUCAUAGCCUUCCCCAAAUCCUUCAGGGGGCACGACCUCAUGAGCAGUGCCCCAGAUUCUCUCCCUCCUGAGGAACUGAAGCCCUAUCAUAUCCAGGUCUCCUGGCCAGCAGACUCAGAAGCAGAAAAGAGCUCGUUGAAUCAGCCAUACCAUCCAGAAAAUUGAGCUUUUGAGUUUUGUCUGCUUUGCUUCCCCAAGGCUGAAAUCAGAUGCGGAGUUCUGCCACAGGUCUAAUAAGCAGGUCUUUAGGUGGAAGGAAUCCAGACAACAUUCUUCACCACAACAAAGAAACAGAAGGUAUCCAAUUUUGACUUGAUAACAGGCAUUACUAGGAUUUUUUGUUUGGGAUUUUUUUGGCAGUUUCUGUUACCUGGAGAGGUGUGAAAAUGGCGCUUUGUCUGAGUAAUAUAAUAGCUUAAUGUUUUCUCAUCAUGUUUUUCAUACCUGGAUAGUAGAUCGUUCACUUGAGACAGAGGUAAUCAGACCAUGUGAAAUGUGGGGAAAUGCUUGCCCCUUUAGACUAGUCAGUUGAUGGGGGGUUAGUUCAACCAGCAUCAUCAAGAGAGUCCUGUAAAUUAAGCUAAAUAGUGACAUCUCAACUAUCAGUAUAAUACGAGAAGCAUCAUGAUAUAAUGCAAAAAAAAAAAAAAAUCACCAAAAUCAAAGUCACAAAAUCUUAGUGUUUCACCUUGAGCAAGUUACAUAAGCCUCCUUUCCUGCCUAUAUGAAAUGGGAACACUGCUUGCCCAGAACCAGAGGAAAUGAUGUAUGUGGAAGGGAUAGUGAGUGAAAAUGCUUUGAAAAACUGUAAAGCAUUACACAAAUGUAAGAUAAUGGUAUUAUUUAUCUGUAAACAGAUAUAGGUAUACCUAUGUAUCUUAUAGUCUUAAGAUUAAAUAAAAUUGAUAUCUAUAGUAUAAGAAAAACAGUAAUUAAUCAGUAUUCUAUUUAUGAUUCUAUUUUUAAAAAUAAUUAUUGGGGUGCUUCGCCGGCUCAGUGGGUAGAGCAUACAGCUCUUGAUUUUAGGGUUGUAAGUUCGAGCCCCACAUUGGGUCUAGAGAUUACUUAAAAAUAAAAUCUUUAAAGAAAUAAUAAAAUAAUAAUAAUUAUUAUUAAUCCCUGAAUAACACUCAUGUGGAAGUAAUUGAAAAUAUUGAUCUUAGGCCAACCUCAAAUAUAGAAAAGUGAUUGUAAUUUUCUUAUACAUUCUGUGACAUAAAUAAAAGCUUAUAAUUAGUUAAUAAUUAUGAAACGGGAACAAGACCUUGAUUAAUGAAAGUGUUCUUUUCUACUUUA